GAUGAUAUAUCCCGAGGUUGUGGUUGUAUGAAGGGGAAGUAAAUCAAUCCAUCAGAUUUAGGUCAAUUCUAUAUACACUAUGCAGGCUCAACGCUCAUUAGCUUUACUUAGCCUUUUCGCCUUCAGUUUUUUAGCAUGGCACUCACAGAUCGACACAUGCAAUGCACUUUCAGUAAGGGAAGCCACAAUUCAGGAUUUGCAGAAUGCUUUCCAGCAAAACCAACUGACCUCGAGGCAACUUGUUGAGUUCUACCUCAAUGAGAUUAAACGGCUAAAUCCCAUUCUUAAAGGGGUUAUUGAAGUAAACCCUGAUGCACUUUAUCUGGCCGACAAAGCGGACCAAGAAAAGAAGGCUAAGCAACCUGGUUCAUUAUCCUGGCUGCAUGGUAUUCCUAUUCUGCUGAAAGAUAACAUUUCUACCAAAGAUAAGCUUAACACGACGGGUGGAUCAUUGGCACUGUUGGGAUCAGUUGUGCCUCGAGAUGCAGGUGUCGUGACAAAACUGAGGAAAGCAGGGGCUAUCAUUCUUGGGAAGGCUAGUUUGAGUGAAUGGGCUAAUUUUCGCUCUUUAACUGCCCCAAGUGGCUGGAGUGCCAGAGGUGGCCAAGGAAAGAAUCCUUAUGUUCUGUCGGCUGAUCCUUGCGGCUCGAGCAGUGGAUCAGCAAUAUCUGUGGCUUCUAACAUGGUGGCAGUAUCACUGGGAACUGAGACUGAUGGUUCGAUAAUAUGCCCUUCUGGCUUCAAUGGUGUGGUGGGCAUAAAACCAACUGUUGGUCUCACGGGUCGAGGUGGUGUAAUUCCAAUUAGUCCAAGGCAGGACACUGUAGGGCCUAUCUGCAGGACUGUAUCAGAUGCCGUUACUGUUCUUGAUGCAAUAGUUGGGUUUGACUAUAAUGAUGCUCAAGCAACCCGAAUUGCCUCAAAGUAUAUUCCCUACGGUGGUUACACCCAAUUCUUGAAACUUUACUCUUUCUGUUAUAGUUUUUCCAUUGAUCAUCAAACUGUGCUCAUACAAAAUACAACUACAACUUUCUUGAACUUCAGGCAGCACGGUGCGAUCUUGGUAGAUAAUUUGGAAAUAGCCAACAUCAACACAAUUUUGAACUCCACUUUAAGCGGCGAAGCAACAGCAUUAUUAGCUGAAUUCAAAAUUUCAUUGAACUCUUACCUGAAAGAGCUAACGGCUUCCCCAGUCCGGUCCCUGGCAGAAGUCAUAGCCUUUAACCAAAAAUUUUCUGAUGUGGAAAUGAUUAAAGAGUUUGGCCAAGAAAUCUUUUUGGCUUCUGAAGCAACUAAUGGGAUUGGGACUGCAGAGAAGAAAGCAACAUGGAACUUAGAAAAUUUGACGAGAAGCGGAUUUGAGAAACUGAUGAUCCAGAACAAGCUGCAUGCAUUGGUGACUGCUGGAGCAGGUGUUGCUCCAGUUCUUGCAAUUGGAGGGUUUCCAGGAAUCACUGUUCCUGCUGCAUAUGACAGCAAAGGUGUUCCAAUAGGCAUUUGUUUCGGUGGAUUGAGGGGUUCCGAGCCUAAACUGAUUGAAAUUGCUUAUGGGUUUGAGCAGGCGACAAAGAGCAGGAAGCCUCCAACGUUCCUACCAUAAAACUGAAUUACAUGUCAUUUUUGUCUAGAUCCGAGCUCUUUCUUCGUUCUAAAUCCUAGUCUGAAUGUUUUCUUGAAACACGAUUCAUAUAGUUAUCAAUAUCAAUUAAUCAUACGG